UUGCAUGGCUGAAUCUUCGCUCGCAGCAGCUCUACAGGCGCAAGCUCAGCGAGCUGCACAGCAGCCAAAAAUAUUUAUCGAUGUCUCUGGCAAAGCAAUCCCUAUAUUCCUCAGCGUAGAGUUUAUCAAAGACCGGACGAAGCUCGUCCGUCUGCUCACCAGUCGCGGUGCCCGUGUAUGCAAACGCACGACAGAUGCGCAGAUUGUUCUCGUCAAUGGAGAGACGAACAACGGCAGGAGGUUUGUCCGAGACAAUGCAGCGGACAGGACGGUGCUGGACUACACGUGGAUCGACAAGUCUGUGGCGCAGGGCAGAGUUUUAAUGGAACAGGACGGCUGGGGAGGCUGCUUGUUGGUGGAUGACGGGGAACCUAUUCCGGAAGGCGACGAUGACAUGGAUGUAUAUGAUGAAGUGGAAGGAGGCGGAGAUGACCCUGAUGAGGAGCCGGUGAAUGCCUCGGGGAGCACAAAACCUCCAUCGCGUGCUCGUCCAUCAUCUACUGCAGGACCCUCCAGUCCCACCCGAAGCGGUCCGUUAUCCUCGCCCCCACCAGCGCGAGGAUCCUCCCAUCUGUCCAACAGCCAUCUGUCCUCCCCAACACCCACCGCUGACUCUCACAUCCCAACACCCACUCAGACUUCCCAGAUGCAAAACCAGUUCAAUUUCCCGGGACAGUUCCCUCCCAACCAGUUCAUGGGUCCUCCAAUGAAUGGGUUUCCUGCGAACGUCCCACCAGUCCAAGGGAUGCCCCAAUUUCCUCCCGGACAGUUUCCUCAGAUGAUGAACGGAAUGCUACCUCCCAAUUUUGCCCAAUUCAUACCACAUCAACCACCACUGCAACAUCCAAGCAGCUCAAUCCCAGUCCCAGCAAUCUAUUCCACAUACCCUAGGACGACCGCUACCCUUCACAUGUUACUCGAGACCGCUAUCGCUGUAGCCCAGCAUGAUGGAUUCGAUCCUACACCAUUCCAUAUCGCUUUGCUCAGCAUCCCGAGGCUCGAAGCUUAUCCAGAGUAUCCUACCGUUCCUCAACUGCCUGUUCCCCAGCUCCCUCAAGCCGCUCAAAACAGCACGCCACCAUCUUCACCCGUUCCACAGGCCCAUGCGCGUCCCCCUGCAACACCAGCCUCACAGCACACUCCCGCUAGGCCACCUAUGUCCUCCACGAAGCCGAAGUCCCACACUCUCGAGGACGGUACGCCCGUCAUCGUCAAGAAAACUAUUCCGAAGCGCCCUCGCCCUUCGGAUCCAGGGCCUCAGCAAAAUCAAACCCAAGCACGGAGCUCAACGUCGAAAGGGAAACAACCUGCGUCCGGUUCAACUUCGGCAUCGGCACCUGUUGGCAAGAAACGCGGACGGCCUUCUAAGGUGAAGACAUCGACAGGUGCAUCACCCUCCACUUCGCGCGUAGCUCAGACGUCAGAGUCAGCUUCUACUUCCGCGCCUGUCAACGCCCGUGCGCCCGAGAAUCUCUUCACAACUGCGAAGGGCCAUCAGUUACGCUUCAUGAUCCAAGUCGAAGUCAAGAAGAGGCCCGAGUAUCUUCAGAAGAUCAGAAAUUACGGUGCUAAGAUUAUCGCGGGUAUCGAGAAGGCGCACUACGCCGUCCUGAACCCGAAUACGACGCCGUACCGCGACUACUGCGACAUAGCUCGGCGAAACAAGGUUCCCGUCGUUCACCCUGCUUUCAUUAAUGAGUGUAUCUCCCAGGGCCGUCUGGUGGAUCCUAAGGAUUUCCCGUUGGAUCCGCCUACGCAGAAGAAACCUGGGCGUCAAUCGGGCAACUUCAUCUCAUUCCAAAGAGGUGGGCGAAGGCGUGCUGACGACGAUGGUGAAGAACAAGAGGAACAAGAGGAACAAGAGGAGGAGGAUGCCGGUGAGGAUGCGGAGAUGGACGACGGAGAAGGCAUGGAGGUGGAUGAGGAUGAAGAGGAUGAGGAAGAACAAGAAGAAGAGGUGCAGGAGGUCCAGGCCGGGUUGGACAAUUCGACGGCUCCUGAACAGAGCAUCGCCAAUGCGCCCCAGGCGGACGAGGGCGAGAACCCUGCCAAGAAGCCGCAACUGUCUCCGGCAGCACAGAAGGAUCUGAACGAAGACUUCGAGAUUAUUGUCGAGUUCUUGUUGUCGGACCAGUCUGACGGGGCCACAGAUGCGCAAGUCUUCGCUAUGUUGGAAGAAAAGGCCACUUGCAAAACACAACCUUCCUGGCUUGUAUUUUUGGAGGAAUACGGUUCCGAAGUCGAACAGGCAGUGACCCGCAGGGCGGAGGAACAGAAUGCGAACGCCCAGAUCAAGACGUCCCCACCGUUGUGAAUCUCGCAGACUUUCUGAGGCCAUUGAAACCACCUAAUUUUCUUGACCCACCGUGAUGGACUUUUCCGAAUGGGAUGGUUCCUAUGUGUUCUGUACUUCUUGUCUGUACUUUGUUCUUGAACAACGGUCGAGCGGCCCUUUGCCUCCGCACUGUAUGAAAGAG